UUCAGUAUUGUGCUGCCAGCCCCGAUCGGUCGCAUCACUCCGCUCAGUUGCAUUCAGGCGCCGCAGAGGACCACUGCUCGUAACGAGCUCACGAGCCGCCCCCGGUGGAAACAGUUGGUGAAGUAGGAUGGUUGUGCUAGGUUCAGUGUUGCGGAUGCUCCUCCUGUGGAGUUUAUUAGUAAUGCAUUCGGAAGCCACGGAGAAGCGGCCACGAUUGAUUUGUCACUACACGACCUGGUCACAGGGUCGUGCUAAUCCGUACUCGUAUCGGAUCGAAGAUAUACCCGGCUCCCUGUGCACACACGUAGUGUACAAUUUCGUUGGCGUAGACGUGGAAGAGUACGAGCUGACAACGCUGCAGCGAGAAAUUGACAUUGUGCAGAAUGGGUUCGGUCGCUUCAUUGACCUGAGAAGGCAGUUUCCCGAUCUGAAGCUCCAUGUAGCCGUCGGUGGGUGGGAUCACGGUGGAGCACCGUUUAGCAAGAUGGCUGCGUACCGCAAUCGCAGACAGAAAUUCGUGAAAAGUGUGGUCGAGUUUAUGACGCGAUAUCGCUUCGAUGGGAUAGAAAUUGUGUGGCUCUACCCGGGCAGUGUCGAGCGCGGUGGCACACCGAACGAUAAGGACAACUUUUACUAUCUCAUCGAUGAUCUCAAGCGAGCGUUUCAGCGCGCCGAGCAACCUUGGGAAGUGGCAAUACAGGUUCCGGCCGAUCACACACGAUUCGAGAUCGGUUAUCAGCAGGACGCUCUCUGCGAAAUCGCCGACUACGUACACAUCGCUGGAUAUGAUUUACGUGGUUCAUGGACAGGAUUCGUCGAUGUGCACAGUCCAAUGCAAAAUCGACCCCACGAUCAAGGAAAUUAUCGCGGGUUGAAUGUGCAGGACGGAGUGGAGUCGUGGUUGAAUAAAGGCUGCCGUCCGGAAAACGUUAUACUCGGCGUACCGUUGCUGGGGCGCACGUUUCUGCUUCGAAACAGUCAACAAAACGCACUAGGAUCGCCUUCCACUGGGCCCGGACCAAAGGGCCAGCAUACGUACAGUGAAGGAUAUUUGGGGUAUUUUGAAAUUUGCCAAAAACUGAAGGAACCAAACUGGCGGAUGCGCUGGGAUUCGAUAGGGCUGUGUCCCUACGCCUACCGCGGGACCCAGUGGAUCGGAUAUGAAAAUGCGACUUCGUUGGAGGAAAAAGUGAAGUGGGUCACGAGUAAGGGGCUGGCGGGUAUUUACGCGUUUUCUCUCGAUUUGGACGAUUACCGGGGUAAAUGUGGUGAGGCCUACCCACUGAUGAAAAGCCUUCACAAGUUGAUCGAGAAUCAAGCCAAACCGGAUAGUGGCAUUGGCUUCGGAAUUGACCGUGAAAUAUUUGGUUACUAAACAUCAGCAGCAUAAACACUAGCCACCCUCCAAGAGAAACUUGAGAUCCUAGACUGAAACGCCGGCGAAUGGUUAAAUUGUGUAUGGUUUACUUAAGAUGGUUUAUGGAACUUUCGAUUUUAGAAUGAAGCAAUAUUUAAUAUACAUUAAACAUUGAUUACUUUGUAAGAGUUAAGAAUGAAGAGAUGCGUAAAUUUGAUUGAACAUGCAGCACCUUGAUCGAAUUUCUGAUAAACUGCGUUCUAUAAUAAAUUGUUGCUAAUUUCAGUCACGAAGUUUGGUGCGAUGGUAAACUACAAAAAAGCGCCACAAAGCACAGCCACCCAAAUCCCAGAAUGGUCGAUGCGACGUGUGGCGAUGUAGUUGUCGCAAGAUUGGCUAUCUCGUCGUUCCAGCCAGUGGUGGUAGUAUGC